CAACAAAUAUAAAGAAGAUAAAAUUAAGACAGUCAUUUAUUUCCACAUUCUGAAUACAGAAAAACACCUUCUUUUAAGAGACCACAGGACAUACACAAAAAAUGACCAAAGAAAAAUCCUCAAUAAAUCUCCAAAAAGAAGCAGUAGAGAUGACAGCGAUUUCAAUGCACUGAAGCUAGAAAUUAAAGACACACUGGGAAAAUAAAUCACUUGGGCCAAAGAGUAAAUCAAAAUGGAAACCGUGUGAUAAACGUUCUAAAACCCAGUCACACGGCUACCAGUGGCCCAGCUGAGACUGCUAGAAUCUAUCUCCCAAUUAAGCCAUGCGGCCACGAACUCGUUUAAGAGCCCAGACAAGUCUCCCUGAGCCUCGGUUUCCCCACCUGUCAAAUGGCGUCGCGGGGACCCAGGGUGCAGGUUUGAGGCGUGGGGGAGGGGCUGUGGGUUUGCGGGAGGCGCGGGAGCGUCAACUCCCUGCAAAGUCAGGAAGCGUGCGGGUGCGGAGAGGCGGCGGCAGAGGGCGCUGCGUGGCCGGCGUGGGCGCGCGUCUGCCAUUGGUUGGGGCUGGGCCGCGGGGUUGGAGAGUUGGUGGAAAGUGACAAGUUAAGGGAGACUGAGAGCAAGAAAGCGAGCGCGCAGAGUCGGAGGAGCCGCCGCAGCCGCCACGGAGGGAGCCCGGGACGGCAGCCGCCGAGCGCAGAGUCCGAGGCGGGGAGACUCGCCCUCCGCUGGUGGGACACCGGCAGCCCGGGGCUGGCCGGAACAGCCGGCAGAGGCGCGGCUGCAGCCGGAGGGCUGGGGAGGGAUCGCCUUUACGGGGUCCUCAAGCGGCCGGGCGGCGGAGAGGGAGCAGGUUAGAGGGACAAAGAACUUUGCAGACGCCCCCGGCAUCCUGCGGGGAGAGCGGCCGGGACCCUGGGCAGAGCCCGUGGAUGUUCUGCGCUCGGCCCGGGAUACGCCGCCGCCCACGCCGCCGCUGCGAGGGGAGGAAUGCACCGGCCGCGCCGCCGCGGGGCGCGCCCGCCGCUCCUGGAACUGCUGGCCGCGCUGCUGCUGGCGGCGCGCGGGGCCGCUGCCCAAGAAACAGAGUUGUCAGUCUCUGCUGAGUUAGUGCCUACCUCAUCAUCAUGGAACAUUUCAAGUGAACUCGACAAAGAUUCUUACCUGACCCUUGAUGAACCGAUGAAUAACAUCACCACGUCCCUGGGGCAGACAGCUGAACUGCAUUGCAAAGUCUCUGGGAAUCCUCCUCCCACCAUCCGAUGGUUCAAAAAUGACGCGCCUGUGGUCCAGGAGCCCCGGAGGAUUUCCUUUCGGGCAACCAACUAUGGUUCUCGGCUACGGAUUAGAAACCUCGAUACCACAGACACAGGCUACUUCCAGUGCGUGGCAACAAAUGGCAAGAAGGUGGUUUCCACCACUGGAGUCCUGUUUGUCAAGUUCGGCCCCCCUCCCACAGCAAGUCCUGGAUCCUCAGAUGAGUAUGAAGAGGAUGGAUUCUGUCAGCCAUACAGAGGCAUUGCAUGUGCAAGAUUCAUUGGCAACCGCACUGUCUAUAUGGAGUCUCUGCAUAUGCAAGGGGAAAUAGAAAAUCAGAUCACAGCUGCCUUCACCAUGAUUGGCACCUCCAGUCACUUAUCUGAUAAAUGUUCUCAGUUUGCCAUUCCAUCCCUGUGCCACUAUGCCUUCCCAUACUGUGACGAAACCUCAUCCAUCCCAAAGCCUCGUGACUUGUGUCGCGAUGAAUGUGAAAUCCUGGAAAACGUCCUGUGUCAGACCGAGUACAUUUUUGCAAGAUCUAAUCCCAUGAUUCUGAUGAGGCUGAAACUGCCAAACUGUGAAGAUCUCCCCCAGCCAGAAAGCCCCGAAGCUGCAAACUGUAUCCGGAUUGGAAUUCCCAUGGCGGAUCCUAUAAAUAAAAAUCACAAAUGCUAUAACAGCACAGGUGUAGACUACCGGGGUACCGUCAGUGUGACCAAAUCGGGGCGCCAGUGCCAGCCGUGGAAUUCUCAGUAUCCACACACGCACACCUUCACCGGCCUCCGCUUCCCAGAGCUGAGCGGAGGACAUUCCUACUGCCGAAACCCGGGGAAUCAGAAGGAGGCUCCCUGGUGCUUCACCUUGGAUGAAAACUUUAAGUCUGACCUGUGUGACAUCCCAGCAUGUGAUUCAAAAGAUUCCAAGGAGAAGAAUAAAAUGGAAAUCUUGUACAUACUGGUGCCAAGCGUUGCUGUUCCUCUGGCUAUUGCUUUACUCUUCUUCUUCAUCUGUGUCUGCCGCAAUAACCAGAAAUCAUCGUCACCACCUGUCCAGAGGCAACCGAAACACGUCAGAGGUCAAAAUGUAGAGAUGUCAAUGCUGAAUGCAUAUAAACCCAAGAGCAAGGCUAAAGAGCUGCCCCUUUCUGCUGUACGUUUUAUGGAAGAAUUGGGUGAGUGCACCUUUGGGAAGAUCUAUAAGGGCCAUCUCUAUCUCCCAGGCAUGGACCAUGCUCAGUUGGUAGCUAUAAAGACCUUGAAAGACUGUAACAACCCCCAGCAAUGGACAGAAUUUCAACAGGAAGCCUCCCUGAUGGCUGAACUACACCACCCCAACAUUGUCUGCCUUCUAGGUGCUGUCACUCAGGAGCAGCCUGUGUGUAUGCUUUUUGAGUAUAUGAAUCAGGGGGAUCUCCAUGAGUUCCUCAUCAUGCGAUCCCCACAUUCUGAUGUUGGUUGUAGCAGUGAUGAAGAUGGGACUGUAAAGUCCAGCCUGGACCAUGGAGAUUUUCUGCACAUUGCGAUUCAGAUUGCAGCUGGCAUGGAAUACCUAUCUAGUCACUUCUUUGUCCAUAAGGACCUUGCAGCUCGCAAUAUUCUAAUCGGGGAGCAACUUCACGUAAAGAUUUCAGACCUUGGGCUUUCCAGGGAAAUAUACUCUGCUGAUUACUACAGGGCACAGAGUAAGUCUCUGCUGCCUAUUCGCUGGAUGCCCCCUGAAGCCAUCAUGUAUGGCAAAUUCUCUUCUGAUUCAGAUAUCUGGUCCUUUGGGGUUGUCUUGUGGGAGAUUUUCAGUUUUGGGCUCCAGCCAUAUUAUGGAUUUAGCAACCAAGAAGUGAUUGAAAUGGUGAGAAAACGACAGCUGUUACCAUGCUCUGAAGACUGCCCGCCCCGAAUAUACAGCCUCAUGACAGAGUGCUGGAAUGAGAUUCCUUCCAGGAGACCAAGAUUUAAAGAUAUUCACGUCCGGCUGCGAUCCUGGGAGGGACUCUCAAGUCACACCAGCUCUACUACCCCUUCGGGAGGAAAUGCCACCACACAGACGACCUCCCUUAGUGCCAGCCCAGUGAGUAAUCUCAGUAACCCCAGAUACCCCAAUUACAUGUUCCCAAGCCAGGGUAUUACACCACAGGGCCAGAUUGCUAGUUUCAUUGGCCCACCAAUACCUCAGAACCAGCGAUUCAUUCCUAUCAAUGGAUACCCAAUACCUCCUGGAUAUGCAGCAUUUCCAGCUGCCCACUAUCAACCAACAGGUCCUCCCAGAGUGAUUCAGCACUGUCCACCUCCCAAGAGUCGGUCCCCGAGCAGCGCCAGUGGGUCGACUAGCACUGGUCAUGUAACCAGCUUGCCCUCAUCGGGAUCCAAUCAAGAAGCAAAUAUUCCCUUACUACCACACAUGUCAAUUCCAAAUCAUCCCGGUGGAAUGGGUAUCACUGUUUUUGGCAACAAAUCUCAAAAACCCUACAAAAUUGACUCAAAGCAACCAUCUUUGCUAGGAGACUCCAAUAUUCAUGGACACACCGAAUCUAUGAUUUCUGCAGAACUGUAAAAUGCAUGACUUUUGUAAAUGUGGUAUACAGGAGAAACCAGAAAGCUGUAGAAAAGAUUUAUAUCCAAAUGGUUUUAUUAAAGUCAGGUUCUCAUUUAGCAGACAUUGCAACAAGUAUCUUCUGUGAAGUUAACUGUGUCCUACCAGCAGGGCAGAUGCCAGCCAGAGGAAAAAGCAUUGUGGGAUUAACACCCCUUCAGGGUAAUGACCUGCCAUUGGGACUGGUACAUGGGGUUUCAAGUAAUGAAAACUGAAAACCCGUGAAGAGAAAAAGAACCUUGCAAUUAAUACCAAGCCAAAAAGGAAAAGUCAUAUGGUGCUCUGUGUAUUCAUCUUCAGUCACCAUGACUGGUCUCUUCCCAAAAUGUAUAUACCACAGCAUUUGUCUACCUGCUGUCUUUUCUUCAGGACAGGUGUUCAGGAAUAAAGUUGGUUCAAUUUAGACUCCACGCAUGGAAGUGAUGCUCAGAAUCAGUGAGGAAACUUCAGGCCAAAUUUGAAAUCCCAGUUGGAAACGAGCCAUAAGACAAGUGUAAGAUCCCCUGAAGCCUCCUACACAGCAGGGCUUCCUUGGGAAAAUACAGUGUGCCUCUUUGUGACUCUCCUCUGCUGAUCGUGACAGCCUUUUCCACAGCGUGUUCACACAAGCCCUUGAAAUGACAUAGGGCAUCAGACCAUAAGAAGGCCAGAAGUGGUUUCUGGAAUUUAUUGGCUGAUAGUUCACUUCAUUGCAUUAGAAGCGAGGCACCAAAGGAAGCACGGGAGAAUGGCCCCACAACCUAGAUCACCAGCCAUGGGAGAGGAACAAGUUUCCCAUGGGGUCAGCCUUACAGGACCUUCCCUGGACCAAUAACAUUGAAUAAAUGUGUGGCUGCAGAUAAGCCUAUCAGUGCUUGCAACCUCCUGCCUACGAGUUGUCCAAAGUAUAGGGGUGUUCAUAAUCAGUGGGCUCUGGGGAAGCAGUAAACUCUAUGACACCAAUAUUUAGUUAAUUUAAAGUUUCUCUCUUUUUUUUUUUAUUUCUGAUCUGGAAAUGUUCACAGAUUUUAUUCCAGCACCAAGAGUUAUGACAAUUUAUUAUUAGAAUUAGUUGGACUCCAAAGACUAUGAAUUCUAUCUUACAAAAUAUUACAGCAUUUUUUUUAAAAAACAGACAGUGAGUUCUCACUUCAAAGAUUACCAUGAGCUGAAUUUUCUAAGCUGGUAAAUAGAGGCAAAAUGAUCAUUUGUGUCUUGGAGGUAUCAAAUGUGCAUCUCAUGCCAUUUACCUGUAGCCAACUUCUGCCAUGUUCAGAAUUCUUAUGGGUUUCAAGUUUUAUGUAGAAAGGAAUGUUAUGUUUGAUUUGUAUGUUGUUAAAAAAAAACUCCUUUAAUCUAAACACAAUGUCUGCAAGUCUCAUUUUUUAAAAAAUUUUACAGUUGAAAGAGACUUACAGAGAGACUUAACAGAAUAUAAAGUAAUUCCUGGAAGUGAUAUUUGAUGAGGAGAAUGUAAGAGAAUUAAAAGAACACUGAUGUUUCAAUUACAUAAAAAAAAAAAUACGAUUAGGAUGAGAAAUCAAAGAAGU